AUUCAAUACUUUGAGGAGUGAGAGGAGAAAGGACAGAGAGAAAAAUAACCAAAUCAAAGAAAACUCCGAAAAUUACUCCAGUGGAACAGAUAUAUACUAUAACAAGAAAAUAUAAUUGUUAAAAAAUUCCAAAGCAAUAACUUACAAUUUAUCCGAAUCUGCGGGCGAUGGAUAAGAACAGCAAUACAGUGGAACGAGUGUAACAAUGAAGGAAGUUACAGCCAGCAGUCGUCAUUAUGUUGACCGGCUCUUCGAUCCCGACCCCCAGAAGGUGUUGCAAGGUGUAAUUGACAUGAAGAAUGCUGUAAUUGGAAAUAACAAACAAAAAGCUAAUCUGAUUGUCCUGGGAGCAGUACCAAGAUUACUUUACCUACUACAACAAGAGACUUCAACAGUAGAACUUAAAACCGAAUGUGCAGUAGUGUUAGGAAGUCUUGCAAUGGGCACAGAAAAUAAUGUCAAGUCUUUGUUAGAUUGCCACAUAAUUCCAGCAUUACUACAAGGUCUCCUCCUUCCUGACCUGAAAUUUAUAGAGGCGUGCCUUCGAUGUCUUCGCACAAUAUUGACAAGCCCUGUGACACCAGUGGAGGUGCUUUUUACAGAUGUUACUGUGGUUCCACAUCUCAUGUCCUUGCUCAGUAGAUCUCGAUAUACACAGGAGUAUAUCUGUCAGAUUUUCUCCCAUUGUUGCAAGACUCCGGAACACCAGGCUGUGUUGUUCACCCAUGGUGCCGUUCAGAACAUUGCCCAUCUACUGACUUCGCCUUCGUACAAAGUUCAGAUGCAAGCAUUAAAAUGCUUUUCAGUCUUGGCUUAUGAAAACCCCCAAGUUUCUUUGACUCUUGUAAAUGUGUUGGUGGAUGGUGAAUUAUUACCCCAAGUAUUUGUGAAGAUGAUGCAGAGGGAUAAACCUAUUGAAAUGCAGCUGACAUCUGCAAAAUGUUUGACUUACAUGUGCAGGGCUGGUGCAAUCCGGACAGAUGAUAACAGUAUCGUUUUAAAGACACUCCCAUGCCUGGUUAGGAUGUGCAGUAAAGAGAGGCUGCUGGAGGAGCGUGUGGAAGGUGCUGAAACCUUGGCAUAUCUGAUAGAACCUGAUGUCGAGUUACAGAGGAUUGCCAGCAUCACAGAUCAUCUUAUUGCAAUGCUCGCUGAUUACUUCAAGUAUCCGAGUUCAGUCAGUGCAAUCACGGAUAUCAAAAGGCUUGACCAUGACCUCAAACAUGCUCAUGAGCUUCGCCAAGCUGCAUUCAAGUUGUAUGCCUCCCUUGGAGCGAAUGACGAAGACAUCCGGAAGAAGAUUAUUGAGACUGAAAAUAUGAUGGAUCGAAUUGUGACUGGCUUAGCUGAGUCUAGUAUCAAGGUGCGGUUAGCUGCUGUCAGAUGUUUGCAUAGUCUGUCCAGAUCAGUGCAGCAGCUCCGGACAAGUUUUCAGGAUCACACAGUGUGGAAACCACUAAUGAAGUUAUUACAAAAUGCUCCUGAUGAGGUCCUUGUAGUGGCGUCUUCAACACUCUGCAAUCUUCUCCUUGAAUUCUCCCCAAGCAAAGAGCCUAUCUUGGAGUCAGGAGCUGUAGAGCUAUUGUGCAACUUGACUCAGAGUGAAAAUCCAGCCCUCAGAGUUAAUGGGAUAUGGGCUUUGAUGAAUAUGGCUUUUCAAGCUGAUCAGAAGAUAAAGACAGACAUUUUGCGAGGACUGAGUACAGAACAACUCUUCAGAUUGCUCUCUGAUUCAGACGUGAAUGUACUAAUGAAGACCCUGGGGCUCCUCAGGAACCUCCUUUCCACUAGGCCUCACAUAGACCAGAUAAUGAGCACACAUGGAAAACAAAUAAUGCAAGCUGUGACCCUCAUCCUUGAGGGAGAGCACAAUAUUGAAGUUAAAGAGCAAACAUUAUGUAUACUUGCUAAUAUAGCAGAUGGAACAACAGCAAAGGACCUCAUCAUGACUAAUGAUGACAUAUUACAAAAAAUUAAAUACUACAUGGGUCAUUCAAAUGUAAAACUUCAGUUAGCUGCUACAUUUUGUAUAUCUAAUCUCAUAUGGAGUGAAGAGGAAGGUUCCCAUGAGCGUCAAGAUAAACUCAGAGAGCUGGGAAUAGUGGAUAUUUUACAUAAGUUGGUUCAAUCUACGGACCCCAACCUUUGUGACAAGGCAAAAACAGCACUGCAGCAAUUUCUAUCAUGAGUAACCAACCUGGUGGGGCCCCAUCUGAAGCUCUGAAUGGACAGCAGGCGGGAGGUUCAGUGGAAAGCUCACCCCUGACCCUUUUUUGCACAAGUCACCUUGGACUGCAAUUUUUGUGUGCAGUGAUUCAUGAAGAAAUGUUAGUCAUUCAGGAAGAAAAAACAAACAAUGCAGUGGAGAAAGAGGUUCAGUCUCAAUGUGACUGCUUCCACAACUACUAAGAGAACAAUCGAUUUUCCCCCUCGAGUCCAACAAAAUAAUCUACUCUUGCUGCAGCUAUUUAGUGUGUGAUUGGUUACUUUUUGAAUUUUUUUUUAAAAAGUGUUUUCUACAGAUUUUCCAGGGUGGAGUAUUGCUUGCUGAAUUAAGGCUAUACUUGGUGUAAAGAAUUUACUUGCACACAACAUCCUAAAGAGAAUGUAAUAUUUAAACAAAAGUGUGGAAAAAAUAUAAUUUUGGUUGGAAGCUCUAUGGAGUAUGUAAAAUAUUGUAUGUAUUUGAUGAACCACAAUUAUUUGUGUUUACUUUGGAACUGCAUCUGUUUAUAGGCCUACACAGUUGGUGUUAGAAAUCUAUGUUAUAUAUUGCAACCUUCCAUAACCCCCAAAAGAUAUUCCUAGGGGGAGGGGAACAUGGAUGCAGUGGUCACUAACCUUCACAUAAAGAUACAGGUGUAAAUCCAACUCAGGGACAGGUAAUGAAGGAAUUCUCUCACUCAUCAUUCUCUGACUAUUUUUAGUAGCACUUUCUGAACAAGUUACAAUUCUGUUCCUCAGCAACAGAAUUAUAACAUGAAGGCUGAGUUCCAAUGGAUUGAGUGUUGGUGGUUUUGUCAGAUGCACAGAGACCUAAUAUUACUGCUGCUACCUGGACACCUAAUUGCACAGACAAGAUAUACUUGGCACCUAGUGCAUGAGAGAUAAUGCAUAGGGCUGUUCAGAAAUUAAGCAAUAUUGAUAGAUCAGUUUAAGGAAGCUCCAUGCCAUAUCUGAGGCACUAUAGUGAUGAGUCUGAUAUCUUAGAGCAAGGUAAACUAUGUUGACACACAUGACACUUGAACAGCAAUAAUGAUAUUCCUGGUAUUGCAGCUGUAUAGAGAUCACACAUCUUCCAUAAAAAUGGCUGUUGCUACAUAAAUGACUUGUAAAUCCACAAAUACCAAGCCUGGCUUUUGCACAUUGUUCAGUGUGCCAUGGCUGGCACUAAUAACGCCACUGCUUGUAGAGUGAAACUUUUACCUUGCACUGUCGUCCCUUGACUUCAUGAAUGCAGAACAAAAGAUAACCGGUAUUGGCAUCCAUUCAAAUGUUCUCUUCUCCAAUUAAAAAUAAAAACUACACUACAGAUUUUAGAUUAACAUUACACUUAGAAGUAUGUUAUCUUAAUAUGAUACUCAAAUAAAACUUGUGUAGGUCAAUUGAAAAGAAUGCAGUUCUUUUUAUUUUUGUAGUGUUUCCAUCUUAAUUGGAAUUUCCCAGUUCGCACAAUUAGCUUCUGUGUGUUAGCUCUGGUUGUUUUGUUGCUUUUGCUUUUGACCCUUACAACUUUCUCCAAAUGUUGGCAUUUGAAUUUUUAGCACUUGCCCUAGUUCUUAUGCUGCCGCAUAAGGUUUGUUAGUGUUUGUAUACUAGGGUUAGCGCAGCAAUACAAAGAGGGGUUUUCAUUCUGGUUCUUGACAAAUAAAAAUAGAAGCAAGUUUUGUAAGCAUUUGCAUUGAAAUUUCCAGUGUUCAUAUUUGUGUUGUCUUGGUUGCUGCAUGUGUCAGUGCCUGGCUGCAUGAAGCUGUUAUCAUUAUCUGAGCAGGUGUAAUUUUUGUGGCAGAUGGUCUGUACAGAAAUAUGGAUGGAAAAAUGUAAACAAAGUAAUCAAAGGUUGAAAUAAUUUAAGCAUGAAGGGUUUGAACAUGAAACAAUUUUUAAAAAAAUAAUCUGAAGAACACUUUUAAAAAAAAAAAAGUUGUGACCACUACAUUUUAAGUACACUCCUCCCAAUGGAUUGUUUUGAUUACAUUGCAUUUUAAACUGAUCUCACUCAGUUUUUGUACAUACCUGCAGCUGAUUUGAAUAGGUUUCUGCUUUUAUACACAGGUAUUUUAGCAGCACUGUCUGUAAUAUAUUGCGAAGAGACUAUCACAUUUUUCUGAUGUCAUUUUAAGCUCUGCUGACAGAAGUCAAUUAAAUAAAAUGUGGCUUCUUAGUCUUUUUAUAUAACACUGGUUAUGAAAUUUUAGUUAUGUCCUAUAAUUAACAAGGGUCUAUUGUGAUAACAGUAUAAUGUACUCACAUUCAUGGUGUCUGUGCAGGAAAUUUAUAUUUUCUUAUUAAAAAUGAUUUUCAGUUAA